GAGGAUUUUAAUAGAAUGCUGUGGUUUCAAAAUUUACUUAGUUUUACCAAUGGCAUAUAUUGCUGUCGACAAUGAACAGUUAUUGCAGUUAUCGUAUUGGCAACAAAUCCGUAUCUAUUCAGCUGGUAUCUGGCAUAAUAUUGUUUUAUCCAUAUUCGCCAUUCUUCUUCUUGUCUCCAAUACUAUUUUACUGGCUCCAGUAUUUCAGAAAGGAAAUGGACUUACUGUUCUUCAUGUUGAGCAGCAUUCAAGUGCAUCACAGCCAGCUGGAUUUUCAAAAGGGGAUCAGAUUUUAUCCAUAAAUAAUUGUAUAUUGUAUGACGCUGAAUCUUGGAGUAAAUGCUUACAGAUACUAAAUUACUCUCCUCAACAAGGUUUUUGUGCUUUAGAUGAUUUCAUUUUACAAGAAAAUUCAGCACUUGAAGGUAGCAAAAGUUUGAACUGCUGUGGUAGUGAUUCUCGUCGUCUGUGUUUUCAAUACCUAAAUUCAAAGAAAAAUGCCACAGUGUGCUUACCUGCUCGGAAACUUGUUGAAAGGUCUUCUAGCUGUAAUAGAGAUCCCCUGAUAUGUAAAAAUAAUUUCUCUUGUUUGGUUCCUGUUCUUUUAAAUGCUUCACAAAGAUUUGUGGAAAUUAAAAGAAGAAAUAAAUAUUCUGUUUUGUACAUUGGAUCACUUGAAGAGCUUACUUUAGUUGUCACAGUUAGUUCAUGGACUUCAAAUUUUAGAUUUUUCUCUGUGACUUUUGUAGAAAUUUAUGAAACUCUGUUAAUGUAUAUUUUAGCAUUUUCAAGUGGCCUUGCAAUUAUAAAUACAGUACCUUGUUAUGGGCUUGACGGUGAAUACAUUUUUGAAAGUUUGGUUCAUUUAACUUUAUCGAAGCAUAUUCCUCGAGGUUCAGAUAGAAAUCUAAUUGUUAAAUAUAUUAAAAUAUUUGGAGUCAUUUUAUUGUUUAUUACCAUUAUUCAUACAAUUUUAAAUAUUACAUCGAAUUUCCAUUUCUCAUCUUUGUAAAUAUAAAUCAAAUUAAAUAAAUUACUUUUUUGGGUC